GUUUCUUAACUUUGAUCUCUCCCUUUUUCAUCUUUUCCACUUCUUUAGUCAGCACCCAUUGCUGUUUCAUCCACAGUGUUUUAUGUUUUGCUGGGUUAUUUUGAGCUUGAAAUUCUCAAAUUGAUUGCAGUUCUCACCCAACGCCUAGAGUUAUUGAUUUAAACUUUUAAUCAAUGUUCUCUGUUUGCUCCACAUUUGGCAGUCUCUUUCAGGCCUUUGGAGAUUAUGGCUGCUAUGUUCAUAUGCUUCUCCUUUGUGGGCAAUUAUUAGUCUAUGAGCAAACCGGAUGCAGGGAACAAUUAACAACAAAGACAUGUGCGAUUUGUUUGGGUAACAUGAAAGCAGGCCAAGGACAUGCCCUCUUCACUGCUGAGUGCUCACACGCUUUCCACUUCCACUGCGUUACCUCUAAUGUAAAGCAUGGCAACCAAGUAUGCCCCAUUUGCAGGGCCAAAUGGAAGGAAAUACCUCUGCAGGGCCCUCUUACCUUUGAACUUCCACAUAGCAGAUCCCGAGUGAACCCAAUUAACUGGACCCAGGAUGAUAACUAUUUGAAUCUUUUACGCCGAGUCCCUCGAUCUGACUCUUCAAAUCAACAGCAUUAUCAUCCAUCACAUGUCUUUCAUGCAUCAGAACCGGGUACCUAUGAUGAUGACGAGCCUGUGGACUUGCAAACUGAAACUGCUAGAGACACUCAACAAGAAGGAUGUGGUGAAGCACUUGAUAUCAAGGCAUUUCCCGAAUUUCUGGCCAUUUCAAAAUCUGUUCGUGAAGAUAACUUCACCGUGCUCAUCCACCUGAAGGCACCACGAGCUAGCACAGGAACUAUCCCAAUCAGAAGUAUUUCUUCAAACAACGCAACUUCCUCACAAUCCUCUCGUGCUCCAAUAGACCUGGUCACUGUCCUUGACACAAGUGGCAGCAUGGCUGGUACCAAACUUGCACUUCUGAAGCGAGCGAUGGGAUUUGUAAUCCAAAACCUUGGACCCUCUGAUCGGCUAUCAGUCGUUGCCUUCUCGUCGACUGCACGGCGACUCUUCCAUCUGCGUAGAAUGUCUGAAGUUGGGCGGCAGCAAGCCUUGCAAGCCGUCAAUGCUUUGGUGUCCAGUGGAGGGACCAACAUUGCAGAAGGCUUGAGGAAGGGCGCCAGGGUGAUUGAAGAGAGAAAGGAAAAGAAUCCAGUGUGCAGCAUUAUCCUUCUGUCGGAUGGACAAGAUACAUACACCGUGGCAUUUGGUGGUGGUAGUGGAGCUCCUUCGGACUACACUUCACUUGUUCCUCCAUCCAUCCAAGUUGGCAACAGUACCGGCCAUCAUGUACCAGUGCAUGCCUUUGGUUUCGGUACCGAUCAUGACUCUGCUGCCAUGCAUUCCAUCUCUGAGACUACUGGUGGAACCUUUUCUUUCAUAGAGACCGAGGGUGUGAUUCAAGAUGCCUUUGCACAAUGCAUUGGUGGGCUCCUGAGUGUGGUUGUUCAGGAACUGAGAGUCAAUGUCGAAUGUGUGCAUCCUGGAGUCCAACUUGCCCCCAUCAAGUCAGGCAGCUAUGCCAGUCGCGUUGCGGAGAAUGGGCGAACAGGAUCUAUAGAUGUCGGGGAUCUGUAUGCUGACGAAGAGAGGGAUUUUCUAGUCUCCAUCAGUGUUCCAGCUGUUGUUGCUGUUGAGGAUACCGUGUUACUGAAGGUAAAUUGUUCCUAUAAAGACGCAGCGUGCAAGGAAUCAGUAUGUUUGCAAGGGGAAGAGGUGAGAAUAGAGAGGCCAGAAAGUGCGGGGGAAAGGAGGAUGAUGUCCAUUGAGGUGGACAGGGAGAGGAACAGAGUGCGGGCAGCAGAGGCCAUGGCUGAGGCAAGGGCCGCUGCUGAGCGAGGUUUGCUUUCCGAGGCUGUCUCCAUAUUGGAGGGUCGUAGGAGGAUAGUUUCAGAGUCGUUAGCAGGAAGGUCAGGGGACGGUCUGUGUGUGGCUCUGGAUGCGGAGAUGAGGGAGAUGCAGGAAAGAAUGGCGAGCAGGCAAAGGUAUGAGGCAUCGGGAAGGGCUUAUGUGCUGUCGGGUCUGAGCUCCCAUUCAUGGCAGAGGGCAACUGCUCGUGGGGACUCCACUCACAGUACGAGUCUUGUUCAUGCAUAUCAAACUCCAUCUAUGGUUGACAUGGUCACUCGCUCUCAGAUGCUGGCCCCUCCCCCCUUUCGGCCCAGCCUGUCGCCCAUAAGGCCCACUAAAUCGUUCUCUUCUCCUUUGGUCGACCCAAGGUAGCCGUUUCAACCCCCCGCCCCCCUUCUUAAAGGUUUUGAAGUAUCAGAGCAGGACGAUUUUUCUAUUAUUUUUUGUUUACUACCUCGCAUUAUUUCUUCUAA